AUGAAGAGAACACCGAGGUCAGUUAAUGAUUCUUCUGAGAGAUCACGAAUCACAAGUCCAUCUCCCAGUGUUCGUCAUAUAUCACAGAAAAGAGUUCACAACGAACGACUGUCCUUACUCAAAGAUAACAAUCAUUUUAAUUAUUUAUUAGAUUCCCAACCUACAGAUAUAGAGUCCAUCAUAUACCAAAAACCUACUCAAUCAGAAUAUGUACCUACUUUAACGCAAACUCUAGCAAACUUAGAAUGGUCUGACAUUCUACCUUAUUAUAUUCCCUGCUUAUCAUGGAUCGAUCAAUACAAUUUGAAAUUUUUCAUUGGUGAUUUGAUCGGAGGGUUGACAUUAGUGUUUUUCCAACUCCCACUUUCUUUAUCGUAUGCCACAAGUUUAGCUCAUGUCCCUGUAACUUCAGGUUUAUACUCAUUAGGGAUUUCCCCAUUGAUCUAUCUUGUGUUUGGAAGUGUGCCACAGAUGAUUGUGGGACCAGAAGCACCCAUUUCUUUGAUUGUAGGUCAAGCUAUUGAGCCAUUGCUCCAUCAUGACCACAAAAAGGAAUUAGACCCGCUAGAAUAUGUUGUAGCCAUAACGUUUGUUAGUGGUGCCACGUUGUUGGGAUUCGGGUUGGCGAGAUUUGGGUUUUUAGAUAACGUGUUGAGCGCGUCUUUGUUGAAAGGAUUUAUUGCUGGUGUUGGUAUUGUGAUGAUUAUAACAUCACUGAUAAUUAUUUUAGGUCUAGAAGCGUUGAUGAAGAGGAUCUCUGAUGAUCCCAAUGAAAUGGAUAUUCACUCUCCAUUCGACAAAGUAAGAUUUCUUGCACAUUAUAUUGGUGAAUACAACUCGUUGAGCACAAAAAUAGGUCUCACUGGAUUUGCAAUUAUCAUGGCAGUUCGAUUAUUCAAAAAAUAUUCCGCUAGGAGAAAGGGUUUCUUUAAUAGGUAUGCUGUUCUCAUUCCUGAAAUUUUACUUGUAGUUGCCGGAUCAACCAUACUUUGCCAGUACUACAGAUGGGAUUUGCAAGGCAUAUCUGUUAUUGGAAAAGUCAAAAACAACGGCGAGUUCAAGUUGUAUAAUCCGAUAUCAUUCAGUCUGUGGCAUUUAGUCAAGAAGCUUUGUACGUCAGGUUUGAUGUGCGCCAUGUUGGGAUUUUUUGAAUCUACCACGGCAUCAAAGUCUUUGGGUUCGAGUUAUGACCUUCCUAUAUCGUCAAAUCGUGAACUUGUUGCAUUGGGUAGUAUUAACAUCAUUGGGUCCAUUUUUGGGGCAUUGCCUGCAUUUGGAGGCUACGGUAGAUCAAAGGUAAACGCUAUUUCUGCUAAAACCACCAUGCUGGGGGCCAUUAUGGGAGUUUGCACCCUAUUGACAGUCCAGUUUUUGUUGAAGUAUUUGUAUUUUGUUCCCCAGUGUAUGUUGAGUGUGGUUGCUGCGGCUAUUGGGAUCCUGUUAAUUGAAGAAGCUCCAUAUGAGUUAUAUUUCCACUGGAGAACUAGAGGGUUCAACGAGUUGAUUACUUUUGGUGUAACUGUUUUCACCACAUUGUUUUUUUCGAUGGAGGGUGGUAUAGCCGUUGGGAUUGUAUAUCUGCUUAUUCGAGUGAUUAAAAACUCCACCUUAUCACGAAUCCAAAUUUUAGGCAGGUACCCGAAUACUAACAGGUUUGUUGAUGCGGAUAUUCCAACGUACCAGAGCCAAGAGAAAAUUGGGUCCCAUCUUAACUUGUUUGAUGACGCCCAAUUGAUGCUGUUAAAUACGUCUGUUCUCGAGGAAGUUGAAGGGUGUUUAAUCGUAAAAAUCCCUGAACCACUUACAUUUACCAAUUGCAGUGACUUGACAGCAAGAUUGAAGCGAGUUGAGUUGUAUGGUUCUACAAAGGCACACCCUGCUCUGAAGAGAAGUAGGGAUAGCUCCAUGACUAAUUAUGUGAUUUUUGAUCUCAAAGGAAUGUCAUCUAUUGACUCCACCGCAGUCAAGAUCUUAAAAGAUUUAAUCAAAUCAUAUAGUUCUAGAGGUAUCAGAACACUUUUUGUUAGAUUAAACCAGGAUUCCAAAUUAAGGAAACGAUUUGAAGAUGCGGGUAUUGUGGAUUUGUUGGUGGACAAUCUAACAGCUUUAAAGUAUUUUGAGAUGCAAGAACUUGCUGAGCAAAAUAAUGCUUCUGUAGCCACACCCGAAAUGGAAGCUAUUCUUGGAUGUUAUUCAUUAGUUGAAGGUGUGACACAUCCAUAUUUCAACCAUAUAAGUGAUGCAUUGAAGGUAAUUGAUUGCUAUGAAAUCAACUACGACAAUCUUUCUAUAGAAUGUAUAGACGCGUAG